GGCCUUAGGCUUAGGAAACUCGCUGGAAAGGAAACUAUCGUGUUUCCACAAGGUUGCUAACGCAUCGCUUUUACCAGUUCGUCAAUAAAUUGUAUUUCUACACCCAGUAUAGAGUGUGAAUGUAAAAAUAAACACAAACAGUGCAGCAUUUGUCAAGCGGCGCACGUUGCAAAUAGCGUCGCGGCGGGAAGAGUCGUAAAAUUACUCCAGUUCCCUUUAAAACAUUCAUGAUUCAUUUAUCAAGAAAUAAAUAGAAUAUUUCAGUAUUGUGCUCGGUGAUAAGAAAAAUUAGUCGUUUUGGUAUAAUAAUGGAUAUUGAUAGAAUAUCGUACAUCUUUGGAAGUUUUGCAAGACGACGACAAAGUCAAGAAGUCGUUUUUUCCAGCAAACGAAAAUCUGUGGACACAAGUAAAAUCUGGCACGAAAGAUCAAAAUCAAGUCCCCUAAACACCAAAAGAUCGCUACAAAGUCCACGUGGAAAACCCGCGAUUGGGUCGCCUAUUGAAGAAGCAAAAUUUAGGUGUCCUUUGUGCAAAAAUCCGUAUUUCGAACCCAGAGUUUUGCCCUGUUUGCACAGUUUUUGCUUGAGGUGCCUGGAGGAUUUGGAAAAGAAUAAUUUCGCAACUUGGAACGAGACUGAGUUGAAUGGUACAAAAGUAAACAAUGUGCAGCCAAGGAAAACCACUUUUGCAACAUUGGGGGACCCAAAUCAUGCCAGUGAAGAUCGUCCAAAACGCGCCAUGUGUUGCCCAACGUGUGGAAAUUUGGGGGAAAUUCCUAAUGGAGGAGUGCGACAUUUAACACCGAAUUAUUCCAUUCAACAUCAGAUGGUGUUGGCCACUUUGAACUCAAAAUCCACACAUUUACUGUGUGAUUUGUGUGUCACUGAUGUUGCUGCUACGUCCAGAUGCAUGGAUUGCGCGAUCAGCUUCUGCACGGAAUGUGAACAACUACAUCUAAGGCAGAAAUCUUCGGCAAUUCACAGUGUUUUGUCUCUAGAAGCGGCAAGGGAAAAAGGAAUCACUAAAAUCAGGAAGCAAGUUAUGUGUAUGGUGCAUCCCGAGCUCGAGCUGGCAUUGUUCUGUUCCACUUGCUAUCAAGUGAUUUGCACUGAAUGUGCUUUGCUCACUCAUCGGGCCCACAUGUGCGAAUCGGUGUCCAAAGUAGCAAAAUCCCAUAUAGUUAGCUUACGCAUGGCCGCGAAUAAAGCCAAAGCUUUAGUGGAAAAGUCAGCAAUGGAUACAAGUGUUCUGUCCACUACGUCCAAACGUAUCGAAGCUGACUGUGCAAAGAUUCAAUGUGAGGUGGAACGUUUCAUCGAAGACUACAUCAGAUCGAUAGAAGAGCACAAAAGCAACCUGUUGGAGCAAAUCCGCCAAUUGCGAGAAGAGAAAAUGCAGCAAGUGGUAGAGGAAAAGCUCAAGCUGCAGAAGAAAAUUAGAGACGCCAGAGAUAUAGCGUAUUUCCUGGACGAUCUGCUCAUUGACGGUUCUGAUGUUGAGGUGUUGAGCUUUAUCAAGCCCAUUAUCGAGAAAAUCGAAGGUUGCGAUAAUCUAGAGCCGAGCCCUGAGUUGAAAUACUCGGAUAGCAUCCAAUUUCUGCCCGAGGAGAGCGUUAAAGACACGAAAAGUUCCCGGAAUAUAUACGGAGUGCUUACGACACAGAACAUUUCGGCGGAACAUUGCCGGAUUAAUACCAAAGAUUUAGAGAACUUGCGAGUGGGCAAGAAGGUGAACGUGCGUCUGGAAACCAAAGACAGCAAAGAACAUCCACUGGAAAGAGGUGGAGAAACUGUUACGGCGGAAAUUCGACAUAGAGAAGCUGGAGUUUCCCGAUCGUUGAUUGUUAAUGUGGACGACAAUAGAGAUGGAACUUAUGGAGUAUCGUUCAUUCCUGAUGUGGCUGCCAAGCUAGCACUGAUCAUUAAAGUUAACGGAGAACACAUCCAGGGAAGUCCAUUUCCCAUAACAGUUCGAAGCCUUAAGCCGCACCAUGGAACGUUCCAUUGCUGCAGUUUCUGUUCAAGUGCUGGUAGCAAGGAGGCGACUUGCGGAUGCGAAGGAAAAAUGCCCGGAGGCUACAAAGGUUGCGGACACGGACAUGAAGGCCAUCCUGGAAGGCGGCACUGGUCUUGUUGCGGAAACGUUGUGGAACAUUCUGAGUGCGGACGAUCGCGUUCGAACUCGCAUUAUCAGUUUACUUUAUAGAAUCAAUCGUGUAUCAUUGUUGAAUUCCUUGGAUGAAUGUAUUUUGCGAUGUCGAUGAAGAGUUUUUUUUUAAAUAUCCGAAACCGAAUGAUGCAACCGGAAAUGUUGCAACAGAAUGACCAGAAUCGUAAGUAAAAAGAUAAACAUUUGUGUUUAUCAUGGUGCAAGGAUAUAAUGAAUCCUUCUUCUGAUGUACAAAUAAAAUAAAACAAAGUGGCAAAGUUAUGAAAGAUAUACAGUGAAUCCCAGAAAUAAUGCGUAAAUUUUCCGUCAAUUUUUAUUUGUAAAUGCGACUUUUUUAUAUAAAAAUUAGUUGUAGUCCAAAAAUACGUUCGGCUCAACUCAUACUUUGAAUUAAAAAUUAAAAUUAAAUGCGGGUGCUUUCAUUAAAACAUAAAUAAGUGUUUCUGGACCACCCUGUAUGUACUAAUAAAUUUACUAUAAAAAAAUCGCAUUUACAAUUCCGUUGAAUUAUGGGAGUCACUGUAUAAUCUUUAGUUGUUCUUUUAUUUGAUUCUUGUUUAUAAUUUAAAUUUAGCAAAUUUUAAACGCAACUGCAAUAGUGGCAAAUGCAAGAAAACUGCGCGUUAUUUCGAUGUUAAUUUCAUUUUGUACGUAGAGAAUUUUUUGUCUGAUGAUAGUUUAAGACCAAAACACCUAAUAAAGCAGUCGGCUUGAAAA